CAAAAUUUAGAAUAAACCCAUAACAUUUCUAACAGUUACUUUUGGUGUGGUUAAUUAUUUAUAGAUUUAUUCUUUUAAGUUGAUAUCUGUGUGAAUUGUUUUAAUGUGUUGGUGUGAGAGAUUUGUAACCUGGCAUUGGUUAUAACGUAGCAACUUUUAUUAAUUAUGUGUAAUGAAGCAACAUUAGAUGAUUAGUAAUGAUUAGACUACAAAUGGCUGUUCAGAACUAGUGUUUGAUUGCUUUUUUCUCUCGAACCAGAUUUUCAGCCUAGAAUUCAGUGUAUAUUCGAGUAACAAUGGUUCUCCAAAAUAGUGGUCGUUUCAAAGUAGACAAAGGGGAGGGAUCAAAUGCUUCUUCGUUCAUCAGAGAAGACUCAUCUGAAGUUCGCAUAAAGCAGUCGCUAGAAAAUGAUUCCAUUGAUUCAAAAUACGGGUUUGACCGAGUUAAAGAUUAUCAGGAAAGGACAGGAUUUCUCAUCAAUAUGCACAGUACAGAGAUCCUGGACGAAGAUAAGAGAUUGGUCAGUGCUGUGGACUACUACUUCAUUCAAGAAGAUGGCAACAGAUUCAAAGUCUCGUUGCCAUAUUCUCCGUACUUCUACAUCCUCACAAAGAAGGAACUAACCCAAGAAGUCUCCGCAUUCAUAAGCAAAAAAUUCAGUGGCUCUGUACUGUCUGUGGAAAACGUCACAAAAGAGGAUCUUGAUUUGCCAAAUCACCUGAUUGGACUGAAGCAGCAGUAUCUGAAGCUGACGUUUCCAUCAGUCCACGAGCUGACCAAGGUGAAGCAGACCAUAGCAGCAGCGGUGCGCAAGAACCGCAAGCGCGACAAGAGCAACACGUACUACACGGAGAUGUUGACUUCAGCACUAAUGAGCAAAGGAGAUGCAGGUGCCACACGGAAGUCAUCAGACCACAUGGAGAAUAUUUUGGACAUCAGGGAGUACGAUGUGCUUUACCAUGUGCGAGUCUCCAUCGACCUUAAGAUCUUCGUGGGCUCUUGGUACUCUGUACACAGUAAAGGUCCGUUUGACGCUCCCUCCAUCACCAAACGGGAGGAUCUCAUCGAGCGACCUGACCCGAUAGUAUUGGCUUUUGACAUCGAGACUACCAAGCUACCGCUCAAGUUCCCUGACGCCGCUUCCGAUCAGAUCAUGAUGAUAUCGUACAUGAUAGAUGGGCAGGGCUAUUUGAUCACAAAUCGCGAAAUUAUAUCUGAAGAUGUUGAAGACUUCGAGUAUACACCUAAGCCGGAGUUUGAAGGGUUUUUUACAAUAUUCAAUGAGCCUGAUGAAAACGCUUUAAUACAAAGAUUCUUUGAUCACAUAAUGGAGGUACGGCCUCACAUUUUUGUGACUUACAACGGAGACUUCUUCGACUGGCCGUUUGUCGAGACUCGAGCUGCAGUCUACAACCUGAACAUGAAGCAGGAGAUUGGCUUCUCGCGUAACAAGGAGGGAGUGUACGCUUGUAGACCGGCCAUGCACAUGGAUUGUCUAUGUUGGGUGAAACGAGACUCUUACCUACCCGUGGGCUCACAGAACCUAAAAGCUGUGGCGAAGGCCAAGCUGAGGUACGACCCGGUGGAGUUGGACCCUGAGGAUAUGUGCAGAUUGGCCUCAGAGGAACCUCAAGUACUCUCCAACUAUUCAGUGUCCGAUGCUGUAGCCACAUAUUACCUGUACAUGAAGUAUGUCCAUCCAUUCAUCUUCGCUUUGUGUACCAUCAUUCCCAUGGAACCAGACGAGGUACUCAGGAAAGGGUCAGGGACUCUUUGCGAAGCGUUGUUGAUGGUGGAGGCAUUCCACGCGAACAUCGUGUUUCCCAACAAACAGGAAUCAGAGCUGAACAAGUUGACAGACGACGGACACGUAUUGGACCAGGAGACAUACGUGGGCGGCCACGUGGAGGCUUUGGAGUCUGGGGUUUUCCGAGCGGAUCUGCCUUGCCGCUUCCGGAUGGUGCCUGAGGCAUUUGACAAGUUGAUAGCGACUGUGGAAAGAGCAUUGAGUCAUGCCAUAGAAGAGGAGGAGAAGAUCCCGUUGUCCAGUGUUACCAACUUUGCUGAGAUUACUGCCGACAUCAAGUCCAAGUUGGCUGACCUGCGGGAGACCCCUUGUCGUAUGGAGAAUCCGAUCAUUUAUCAUUUGGAUGUCGGUGCCAUGUACCCCAACAUUAUCCUGACAAACCGCCUGCAGCCGUCGGCGAUGGUGGACGAGACCACAUGUGCUGCCUGUGAUUUCAACCGUCCCGGUGCCGCGUGCCAACGCCAUAUGGCUUGGAUGUGGAGAGGAGAGUUCAUGCCAGCAACAAGGAACGAGUUUGAGCGAAUCAAGCAGCAGUUGGAGACAGAGAAGUUCCCUUCUCUGUUCCCGGGAGGACCAGCACGGGCGUUCCACCAGCUGGGCAGGGAGGAGCAAGCAGCAGUGGAGAAGAAGCGGCUCAGCGAGUACUGCCGCAAGGCGUACAAGAAAACUCACGUUACUCGAGUAGAAGAGCGAACCACCACAAUCUGCCAGAAAGAGAACUCCUUCUACGUUGACACCGUCAGGGCGUUCAGAGACAGGCGAUACGAAUAUAAGGGCUUGAAUAAGGUAGCCAAGAAGCAAGUGGCUGAAGCUAUAAAGAAGGGAGAUGCAGGGGAAAUCAAAUCAGCCAAGAACAGAGAAGUCCUCUAUGACUCUCUACAACUGGCACAUAAGUGUAUUCUCAACUCGUUUUACGGAUAUGUCAUGAGAAAAGGAGCCCGAUGGCACAGCAUGGAGAUGGCCGGUAUCGUCUGCUACACAGGCGCCUCCAUAAUCACCAGGGCCAGGGAGAUCAUAGAGCAAGUGGGCCGACCACUGGAGCUCGACACUGACGGUAUCUGGUGCGUCCUGCCGGCGUCCUUCCCGGAGAACUAUGUGGUGGAGUCCACACAUCCGGGGAAGGCCAAGGUCACCAUCUCCUACCCCAACGCUAUCCUCAACUCCAUGGUGAAGGACUAUUACACCAAUGACCAGUACCAUGACCUGGUUGAGCCUGGAACGCUGCAGUAUGUCCAGCGGAGUGAGAACUCUAUCUUCUUUGAGGUGGAUGGACCUUAUCUGGCGAUGGUUCUGCCAGCGUCUAAGGAGGAAGGGAAGAGGUUGAAGAAGAGAUAUGCCGUUUUCAACUUCGACGGGUCUCUCGCCGAGUUGAAAGGAUUCGAAGUGAAGCGUCGAGGAGAGUUACAGCUGAUCAAGAUCUUUCAGUCAUCCGUGUUCGAGGCUUUCCUCAAGGGUGACUCUCUGGAGAAGUGCUACGAGUCUGUGGCCAAGGUCGCAGACUAUUGGCUGGAUGUACUCUACAGCAAGGCUUGUAACAUGCCGGACUCGGAGCUGUUUGAGUUGAUCUCGGAGAAUCGCUCAAUGUCGCGGAAGUUGGAGGACUAUGGCAGUCAGAAGUCGACGUCGAUCAGCACGGCGCGUCGGCUGGCAGAGUUCCUGGGCGACCAAAUGGUGAAGGACGCCGGACUCGCGUGCAAGUUCAUCAUCUCCCGCAAACCAGACGGCGCACCCGUCACUGAGAGAGCGAUACCAUUGGCGAUAUUCCAAGCGGAACCGAGUGUAAAGAAGCACUACCUGCGCAAGUGGCUCAAGGACAACUCCAUCAAUGAUGUAGAUAUUAGACAAGUGUUAGACUGGAACUACUACAUCGAGCGUCUCGGAGGAGCCAUACAGAAGAUCAUUACCAUCCCUGCUGCCAUGCAAGGGCUGUCCAACCCAGUGCCAAGAGUGCAUCACCCAGACUGGCUCCACAAGAAGAUGCUCGAGAAGAAUGACACCCUGAAACAAAGGCGCAUCAAUGAGCUCUUCUCUGCCGCACCGAAACCCAAACCUACCGAGUCAUCGAUGGAUGUGGAGAGUGAAGAAUCCACUACGUCGAGUGUGGAGGACAUAGAAGACAUCGGCAGCCGAGGCCCCAAAUUAAAGAAACCAACGCGACCCGUGGUACGCACCAAAAAGCGCAAAAGAGGCAACUCCCCGACUGCCCCCUCCCAGGCAUUGAUAGCCACCUCCUGGAGAGAUGCUCUUGGUCCUCCUCCACCCAAGGGUGACACCGAGGAACAGCUGAAAGUGUGGUUGGUGUACCAGAAGAAGAAGUGGGCAUGGCAGUUAGAGCAGAAGACAUUUCGAGCUUCAUUGGGAAAGAAAAUGAGGUCAGAACCGGAUAAAACUAGUAGUCGACCCUCAGGCACCCUCAGCAGCUUUAUCAAGAAAACUCAACAAACAUUGCUCAACACUCCAUGGCAAAUCAUACAACUGGGAGAGACAAACGAGCCGGGGGUGUUGCGGCUGUGGGUGCUGGUGGGCGCAGAGUUGCACCAGUUACGACUGAUAGUGCCACGAAUAUUCUACGUGAACCAGCGUUCACCACGAACCGAGACAGAGGACGCAUUGUGGCGCAAGUGCAGCCGUAUACUGCCCCGCUCCCGGCCCUCCUACUAUCUCUACGAGUUCUCCGUACCAGAGCAACUCUAUCGAGAGCACAGCCAGGAGUUGAUGGCUGAUCUGUCCAUGCCAGACAUCGAAGGGAUCUACGAGACACAGGUGACCUUGGAGUUCCGAACGCUGCUGAAGUUGGGCUGUGUGUGCACUGUGGAGCGAGAGGAGGCUCGGAGACUGGCGGCCUCCUCAUCUCGGGAUAUCAACACCUUCAGCCUCCAUCAGCUCAAGAUGCUCAGUCUAGCUCAGCAACCCUAUCUUAAGGAGGGUGUGGCCAAGGUGCGCCAUAUAUUCUUGUACCACCACAAAGCUUCUACAGGCCCAAGAGCAUUAAUGGGACUGUUCAUGCCGGCAACCAAGCGAGCUCUGGUUGUCAUUUUGGACAGUGUGCGAACCAACCAGAUGCCAAACCUCAACUCGCUCAUCGCAGCCGAGAAAACUGCAAAAUUGAACAAAGGCAAAGACGCAGAUGAGCUUCCGGAAACUGAGCUUAGUUUCGAGGUACGGGUGGAGACGGAAUUCCGUCAAGCCUGUCGACAGAUACAGCGCGCCCUGCAGGCCUACCGUGACGAGAAGAAAGGCCCAACACUUGUGGCCAUCCAGAGUCAAAUGGAUAUCCCAGCCCUUGUCUCCAGCAUGCCUGGUCUCAAUGACUUCCCCGUGGUACCUAUAUACAUUCAGGACAUGGACUCACUCUACGCUACGCUGGACUGGCAGCGUGUCGGUGCGAAGGCAAUGCUGCGCCACUACCUCAACAUGGAGACGGGUCUACAGCUGACAACAGAGCAGUGCCGCUACUUCCACGUGCCCUUGGGCAACCUGCCGGCCGACCCUACGUUGUUUGGGGCAGACCUCUUCUACGGACGGCAUCUACAGCGGCACAACUGCAUACUCUGGUGCUCCCAGACAGACAAACCUGACCUGGGCGGCCGCGAGGCCGAUGAUAACAGGUUGCUGACAGAGCUGGAAGAAAGUACGAGUGUGGUGACCAACAACGCUGGUUGUUACUCUACAGUCUGUGUCGAGCUAGACCUGGACAGUCUGGCCGUGAACACUCUGCUCCAGUCGCAUCAUGUCAACGAUAUGGAGGGGACCAGUUCAAGUGUGUCGUUCGACCUGAUGCCACAAGUAUCCAUAGACGAGAUGGUGGGAGGUCAGACCGCAGUGCUACCAACAUACGAUGAGACGGCUCUCUGCAGUGGAGCGUUCAGAGUUCUGCGUUCAAUGGUGAACGCUUGGAUACGAGAUGUGUCUUUACACAGGAAUGUCUUUGCCGACUUCCAGAUUGUUCACUUUUACAGGUGGCUGCGCUCACCUAAUGCCUUGCUGUACGACCCGGCUUUAAGGCGAACUUUGCACAAUCUGAUGAAAAAACUGUUUAUGCAGCUGGUGUCGGAGUUCAAGCGACUGGGAGCCACGAUCGUGUACGCCAACUUUAGCAAGCUUUUGCUGUGCACCAAGAAGCGAACUGUGGGGGACGCUAUCGGCUACGUUGAAUUUGUUGUGACUUCGAUUCGCAACAAGGAGCUAUUCCACGGUAUCCAGAUCUCCUACCACCAGUGCUGGGAAUACCUGGUUUGGCUCGAUCUGUCAAAUCACGGGGGUGUUAAAGGGAAUCUACCCAAAGGUCUGGCAGGAGUGGGCGAGGGAGAGUUGAUGACCAGGAGGACAAAUGAGGAAGAGGAGGGGGAAGAAGAUGAGGACGAAGAGGAGGGAGUUCAGCUGAACAAAGACGAUGAGGAUGAGGAUGAUGGGCCGGAGAUAAUAAUGAACUGGAACAUGGUGGAAUACCUGCCAGAGAGCGUCAGGAUGCACUUCUCUGCGGUGGUGGCCGGGUACAUGAGUGCCAUCUACCAGCACCUGGUGUCUCAGGAGCCGAGUCUCACACCACGUAUCCGGGCUAGUCAACUCGGUACACCGAGUCUACGACUGGGUGUGGGUGCACUCCAGUCAACCGCUGAGUACGCCAGAGAUCUCGUACAGGGCGAAAUGGCACAGAAACUCUUCCUAAUAACUCAGCGGAUCCACAAGAAGUUGCCCAGUCAAACCAUAGAGAGCACUUCCCAGUUUCCUGGUGUUCUGCCAGUUACUCUGAAACCUGCUCUGGAAUUUGUCAAAGCUGUCACUAAGGUACUGUCACUAGACCCGAGUACGGCAGAUGAGGUAGUCAAACUGCGCAGGAACAUGUUACGUUUGAUCGGUGAAGGAGAGUUCAGCGCGGCAGCAGUCUGGACAGACCCUUGUUUUUCCUUCGUACUUCCGGAAGUGAUCUGUCGAGCCUGCAACCAUUGUCGUGACAUCGACCUCUGCAAGGACACAAACAAGGUCACCGUAAACGGCAGCCCUGCCUGGCAAUGUCCGCUGUGUAACACCAGCUAUGAUAACCAGGAGAUAGAACAUCUGCUCAUUGACGUGAUCAACCGGAAGACAAUGGCCUACAUGCUGCAGGACCUGCAGUGUAACAAGUGCCUUCAGAUCAAAAUGGAGAAUCUAGCAGAGUUCUGCUCAUGUGCAGGACAGUUCCAAACUCUGAUGAACAAGCAAGACAUCGGUCUGCACUUGCGCACGUUCCACAGCAUCGCGCAACAUUUCAACAUGGCAGCACUGGAGCAGACAAUAGACUGGGUGUUGGGGCAGGCACCUUCGCUCAGGAUAGAGCAAUCACACUAGCGUUUCUCUUUCUUAUAGCAAAACAAUUGGAAACACAUUCUAGCAAUUCCGUAAAGUUUUCUUAAACCACUAGUUUUUUCUCAACGUCUGGUAUCAAAUAUCAGACUGUACUGAGGAACUGUAAUUUAAAAAAAUGUUAAUUCAGUAAUAAAAAUCAAGUCAUGGACAUUUUUUCAUACAAAAAUUGUCAAAGAUUGAAGAAAUGGAGAACUUUUGGUUCAUUACGUUUAACCCUAGAAGUGUAGUAGCGCAGUAUUUUAGGCCUAUAGGCAGUAUUUUUUUGUAUAUUUAUUUAAACCUGUAUAAAGUUUCUAAAUGUAACAUGUUAUGCAUAUUUUUUUUAAAGUUAUAAAAAUAGAGAAACCUUAUAAUUUUUGCUAUUUUAUGUACAAAUUUAUGAAAACCUAAUAAUUAACUAAAAAAUUGAUGUAUUAUUUGUUAAUUCCCUCUCAUAGUAACUUCAGUUACAUAUAACUACAAAUCCAAAAUAUACAUUCUGUUCAAAAUAAUAUGAUAAUUUUAAAAAUAUAUAGCAUGUAGCAUUUUAUUCUAAAUAUAAUACACAUUAUAUUCAUAUAUGUGAAUGAAUAUGCACACUUAUUUCUUCUUAUUUUUAGGAAACCCUCCAAUAAACUAAUAGAAAUACCUGUAAGCAGGACUCUAACAAUUCACGUGUUAUUAAUUCUGAUCAGAACUAAACUAAAAUUUAACCCUUUUAGUGCCGUAUAUACGGACGUUUGAGUAAAUUUCGAGAAAUGACAGUGUCUUAAUAUAUGGACGUUCAUGGAAAAAGUUCUACCACAAUCGUUUUUAAUGUAAAUUUGUUGGUACAUAAACAAUCAGAAUGAACUAAGUUACAAGAAAAUAUAUUUAUAGCAAUAUUGUAAGAUUAAUCAGCUGUUUAGUUUUAAAUUCUGUGUAUAACAACAAAAAAGUUCAAAUGUAGUUUUUGGAAAAAAUUACCAAUAUUUUUACAGUUUUGAAAUAUUAAUACACUU